AUGGUCAAGUCCUAUCUGAAAUACGAGCACUCCAAGUCGUUCGGCCUGAUCACGUCGAGCUCGUCCAACAUCCUCUGGACCAACAGCCACGGGACUGCGACUGGGGCAGGCCAAGCCGUUGUUGCUGCCAACGAGGAGGUAAUAUGCUGGGAUAUCAAGAAGGGCGAGCUCCUGUCUCGGUGGCGCGAUGAAAACUGCAAGGCACAGGUCACUGCCCUUGCGCAGAGCAAGACCAACAACGAUGUAUUUGCGGUCGGAUACGAAGACGGCAGUAUUCGCCUCUGGGACAGCAAGAUCUCCACAACCAUUGUCAAUUUCAACGGCCACAAGUCCGCCAUCACCAUGCUGGCAUUCGACAAGUCCGGCGUCCGCCUGGCCAGCGGUUCCAAAGACACAGACGUGAUCGUCUGGGACUUGGUCGCGGAGGUUGGUCAGUACAAGCUCCGGGGCCACAAAGACCAAGUGACGGGACUACGAUUCAUCGAGCCGGCCCUCCAAGCGGAGGAUGAAGUUACGCACCAGGCUAUGCAGCUGGAUGGGGAGGAACAAGGAGAGGGCUUUCUCCUAACGACAGGCAAGGACUCUCUGAUCAAGCUCUGGGACCUAUCAUCGCGGCACUGUGUCGAGACACAUGUUGCGCAGACCAAUGGAGAGUGCUGGGCUCUCGGGGUGUCUCCUGACAUGAAUGGAUGCAUCACGGCAGGUAAUGACGGCGAACUCAAGGUCUGGUCAAUAAACAUAGUGGGCAUCCCCGCGGCCGCUCGCCAGGUGGACGUGCAGAACAUGCAGUUCCUCCAGGAGCGUGGAACACUCUUCAGAAACAGCAAAGACAGGGCCAUCGAGGUUUCAUUCCACCCGCGACGCGACUACUUUGCUGUACAUGGGGUUGAGAAAUCUGUGGAGAUAUGGCGGCUGAAGUCUGAUGCUGAGGUCAAAAAGAGUCUGGCUAGGAAGAAGAGGAGGCGGCGGGAAAAACUCGGCUCUGGAAAGAAAAGCAAAGAUACCACAGAUAUCGAGAUGGCAGACGACGAAGAACAAGGGGACGAAAACACCCAACCAGAACUGUCCGAUCUUUUCGCCCAGCAUGUUGUCAUCAGGACAACAGGCAAGGUGCGGUCGGUUCACUGGGCGACGAAUCACGGGCACAAGCAGUUGCAAUUGUUGGUAUCAACAACGAACAACCAGCUUGAGCUGUACGACAUCACGGCGAAAGAGAGACAGAGCAAGAAGAAAGACGACGUGACAGACUACACGAAAUCCCUUGCAGUGGACCUCCCUGGACACAGGGCUGAUAUCCGCGCCGUGUCUCUGAGCUCCGACGACAAAAUGCUUGCAUCUGCAGCUAAUGGCAGCCUGAAAAUCUGGAAUGUCAAGACGCGGACAUGCAUUCGGACCUUCGAAUGCGGGUAUGCUCUCUGCUGCUCAUUCCUGCCAGGCGACAAGGUCGUCGUUGUAGGCACCAAGAGCGGUGAGAUCGAGUUGUUUGACGUCGUGUCAGCAUCCCUCAUUGACAGCGUAUCGGCCCACGAUGGGGCAAUCUGGUCUCUGCACGUGCAUCCGGACGGCCGUUCUGUCGUCACCGGGAGUGCGGACAAGACGAUCAAGUUUUGGGACUUCAAGAUUGUGCAGGAGCAGGUCUUGGGAACCGCCAGGACGACCCCAAAACUGAAGCUUGUUCAGUCCAGAGUCCUCAAGGUUGCAGAUGAUAUUUUGAGCUUGAAGUUCUCCCCCGACGCCAAGCUCCUCGCUGUCGCUCUACUGGAUAACACGGUCAAGGUGUUUUUCACCGACUCACUAAAGCUCUACCUCAACCUCUACGGUCACAAGCUCCCGGUCUUGAGCAUGGACAUCUCGUACGACAGCAAGCUUAUCGUCACCAGCUCAGCAGACAAGAAUGUUAGGAUUUGGGGCCUGGACUUCGGAGACUGUCACAAAGCACUCUUUGCCCACCAGGACAGCAUUCUGCAGGUCGCUUUCGUGCCUCACAACUCUGACGGGAACGGACACCACUUCUUCAGCACUAGCAAGGACCGCAGCAUCAAGUAUUGGGAUGCCGACAAAUUCGAGCAGAUCCAGAGGAUAGACGGCCACCACGGAGAGAUCUGGGCGCUUGCUGUCAGCCACAGCGGCAACUCCAUUGUCAGUGCCAGUCACGAUAAGAGUAUCCGUGUCUGGGAGGAGACAGACGAGCAAAUCUUCCUCGAAGAAGAGCGGGAGAGAGAGAUCGAGGAGCUGUACGAAAGCACGCUGACGACGUCUCUCGAGAACGACGCAGACCCUGAGCAACCAAAUGGCGAAGUGGCUGCUGCCAGCAAACAGACGGUGGAGACACUCAUGGCGGGCGAAAGGAUCGUUGAAGCACUUGAACUCGGUAUGGAAGAUCUCAAUGUGGUGAAAGAAUGGGAGGAGACGAGGGCUGGCAACCCGAAUGUUGCGCCACCACAGCGAAACCCGAUCUUCAUGGCACUGGGCGGCAUCAGUGCAGAAGUCUAUGUCAUGAACACACUCCAGCGGGUCAAGGCUUCAGCGCUGCACGAUGCCCUGCUCGUUCUGCCAUUUUCCACGGUUCCUCUGUUGUUCACCUUCAUCAACCUUUUCGCGGCGCGGUCCAUGAACAUUCCUCUGACCUGUCGGAUCUUGUUUUUCAUGCUCAAGACGCACCACAAGCAGAUUGUGGCCAGCAAGACGAUGAGGGUCAUGCUAGAUGGUAUACGGAUGAAUUUGAGGCAGACGUUGAAGAGGCAGAAGGAUGAACUGGGCUACAACAUCGCCGCUUUGAAAGUGGUCGGGAUGCAGAUCCAGGAGAAGAGUAUCAAGAGCUAUGUCGAUGACAAUUGGGAAGCCGACGAGGAAGGGCGAAGUACCAGGAAACGAGCCUUCCUUCAUGUCUCAUAA